GCCUGGGAAGGGGGGUGGCGUGGCGGUUGGUGGUGGGGAAGAGAGGGGAGGGAAGCCUUUUAAUGACUCAUUGAUUGAGCCGGUUUAAAAUUAGUUGUGUGCGCGAGUGUGAGUGUGUUUUCCGCCCCCCGGAGCCGCCGGGAGCCGGGAAGGAGGGAGCGGGGCUCGGCGAGGGGAGGACGGCGCGGCGAGGCCGCGAGCAGGGGGCAGGGAGGGCCAGGAGUGACGGCGGGCGAGGAAGAAAAAUAAGCUUUUCCAAUCUCCUCCCCUCGGUUUUCCCCCCCUCAUUUCUUUUCUCUCUCGGCAGCUUUUGGGUGUGAAUCGCAUUUUCUUUCUUCUCGGCAAAAUGGACCCCGCGUCUCGGGAGGGGGAGGGGGGAGGGUGGGGAGAGAGGCGGCGGCGGGGACCGGCUUUCUUCUUCAUCCCGGCUUCCUCCUUCCCGCCGCUCGUGCGGGCGGCCGCGGCGAGAGCUCGGAGCCGGCCGCGCGUCUCAGCCGGGGCCCGGUCCGGCCCGGUGACCGGCGCGCGCCCGCCGCGGUCGGGCCCUUCCCCGUCGCCUCGCCGCCUGGCCCCGAAGCUCCUCCGAGGACCCGCGGCCGGGCCGGAUGAGCCCCCGCGCCGCGCCGAGGACCCAGCCAGGGGCCUCUUGCCGGGCCCGCGCGGCCGGGCGGAAGAGACGAGAGGCCGUGGCGGCACUGUUUUGGCCGAGAGCGCGUGGGCCCGACGCGGUUCGCGCCCCCCGAGUCGCCCCGAAUGCGGGAUCUUUGGGGGGGGGGGGUGCGGCUGGAAGGCGCUAAGAUGGCGCUGGGCCUGGCCCUUCGCCAGGGCUGGUGGCGCAGUUGCUCCGCGGGCGCCAUCUUCCCUGGCGGCUCGGGCGGCGCCCUUCGUGGACGCUUCGCCGGCCGGGGCGCGGGGAGGUCGGGGGCAACCGGGAGCUUCGCUCGGGGUGUGGGGGUGUGUAAAUGGGGCCGAGGCCGCGUAGCUUUGUUUUUCUCAGGCCCCCAGACCCAAAAGGCGAGGCGGCCGGCUCCGGCGGCGUCUGGAGCCUUAGCGCUUGUGUUUGAGGAAAAAAGGGGGCCGGGAGUCGGGCCUUGCAGCUGGUGGGUUCCCCCUCUGAGCCCGCGUCCCCCUCCGGUCAAAAUGGGGGGGGGUGCGGUGUACUCGUCCUCUUUCCUAGGACUUGAAACUGGACGGCUUUGUCUUCCCAGACCUGGCAGGGGGCAGGGCACGGAGGCUUUCUUUUCAUCCUCUUCCAGUUAGUCUUCAAGAGUAAAGUCAAACCAGGUUACAAAAUUGCAAGAAGUCGAGGACAGUGUCUGCCUUCUGGUGACACGGUUCUCUAUAGGCACCCUACCUUAGUUUUCUUUCUUUAGUUGCUUUAUUGUAAAACAGCCCUGGGGAGACACUGAUCUAGUCAAACUGUGGAAGGUUAUGGGUUCCAGUGAUUUGAAACAUCUUGUUGGGUUUCAUCUUAAUUACUCCAAAUGGUAGCGACUUAGAACAGUUCGUUAGCACUCUGAUCGGAAAAAUUAAACUCGCUUUGAAACU